CUCGAAUGAAGGUAAGUUCAAUGUUUGCAGCACAUCGACGACAACAUCGAACGACGCAAUACCGUUCACUCGACCUUGUCACAAUGUGCAUUCACACAUACUUAUAGCAAUCACGUAAGGAUCUUCCUACAAGAACAGCGAUCCAUCAUGGCCGACCCUGCUCCUCCCAUAUCUACAAUCAGACAGAGAAGCAAAUCGUUGGGUGCGUUCGAAGUUAAGAUGGGUCCGAAGAAUCAUUCGACGGCUCUUAUAUUCGCACGAGAAUGCACGCCUCCGGUGGACAACUCACUGGGCACUUCGAGAUGUGCGUGUGGGCGACUGCUCCCUGCUUUUGCUUCUGAGCUACAGCAAAGCCUCAAUUUUGAGACGCCGGCGGCCGAUGUGAGAUCCUUUGAGCAUGGAGAAGCUCAGGUCAGCGCCGGUGCAGAAGAGCAAGAUGAAGACAACACUCAGAGCGGCAUGAUCAUGCAAAAACAGAGUUCUUCAACAGAGGAAGAAGACGUCGAAAACGACGGUCUCAAUGCGAAAGACGUUCAAGCUUGGAUCAACGAAACCGGAAACGAUACAGAAGAGUCAGAUACCCCUUCAUUCCACACCUGCCACGAAGAGAUAGAAGACGAUACCACCACCGCCCUACCAACAAUCUCACCCUCACACCCACCUCUCCCAUCUCCAAACAGAUUGACAUCAACCUACCUCCCCUUCCACUCCCACCUCGCCCUAUCAAACCACCUCUCCCCCUCGAAAAUAUUCCACCAUCUCACCGCCGCAACACCAUUUUUCCUCCACGGAACCCUUCAACUACCAUCAACACUUUCCCACAUCUUGGGUAUCCGCCUCCCUUCCAUCCUCAGACGUCUGACUCCUGCUGUCUUGCUGGAUCAUACCACAACUGUGGAUACGCAAAGUUUGCUGCCUUCUUUGGUAGAGGUGGGGAUGAUGUCGGCGUAUCAGGAGGUUCAAGGCUUGUUGUUUUUUCCUUCGUUUUCGAGCAACACUGCUGUGCCCAUUUCGAUUGCGACUUUGAUCAAUGAUUUUUAUAAAGUUCAUGAGAAAUGCGAGAUGAAGAAAGCGCAUUUGGAAAUCGAAGACAGCAGAGGGAGACGCCAACGAAUUUCUGCUUGGGCUUGGAUUUCCAACGAGACUGGAGUGGAGGAACGAUGGACAUUGGAAGAAUUCAUCGCUGGGGACAUCACAGGAUUUGGAGCAAUGGAGUGGUAACAUCUUUGGGUUCUUUUCUUGCAAUGUUUUGGAGAUGGA